CUCCUUAAUUGCAUACCAUCCUUUUAAGGUUCUGAGAAUCAGAUAGAUUGUGUUGAUUAUUCGUCUGUUUUAAGCUGGAGAUUAUUUAGAUGAUAACGAAUAAGAUUGGAUUUGAGAUUAAGAGCUAAAUUUCAUUUCCUUGGGGAUUAUGUUUACUGUGACUUUUAUGAUUUUAUAGAUAGAUAGAUAGAUAGAUAAAUAGAUAGAGGUUGAAAUUAUUAUUUAUUUUUUUAAAAAAAAAAAAACUAGACAAAAAGAGCCAAAAGAAGCAAACAUCAGCUCAACCAAUCAGUGGAAAAGAUGCUGUGCGGCUCUUAACUACCAAUCAUUUAUUGGGCUUCACAUGCUCUUUUAGAUAAGCUCUACCUCAGGAGGAGGAGCAAGAGACUCUUUCAUAAUGAACUAAUUGAUUUAAUUCAUAAAAUAAAAUGGUUAUAUUUUUAUUAUUUUAACAACAAUAGUAGUAAUAAAUUCAAGAUAUCCAAUUCUUUAAUUUUUUUUUGGGUCCACUUUUAAAACCAGUGAUAUCUUAGUGACACGUGUAGUAUUCCCUCCCAAUAGACCUCAUUGUUGUCCUAUAAAAGCCAUUAAAACCCCCCUCCCUCCCAAUUCGAAGUUUGUGGAGAUCUUUUUUAUUAGACAAGUAGCUAAAGAGAACCAAACUACACAAAUUCAAUCUUUAUUGAAACUUACUUAAACCUAUUUACAAACAUCAUGUGCAACACAACCCCUUCUCCUCUUUCCAAGUCUCACCUCUUCAACUUGAACAAUCACACCAAGCUUCCCAUGCAUUCCAAUGAAGACCUUGACCUCCAUAGAUGGCCAACUCUCUCAGAGGUGGUGGAGGAGGUGAGAGCAAUAGGAAAGAUAUCGGUACCGACGGCAAUAACAGGCUUGGUCCUCUAUUCCCGGUCGAUGAUCUCGAUGCUAUUUUUAGGCUACCUUGGUGAGCUAGAGCUCGCCGGAGGCUCUCUAGCCAUCGGUUUCGCAAACAUCACUGGUUACUCGGUUCUCUCCGGGUUAGCCUUAGGCAUGGAACCAAUCUGUGGCCAGGCCUUUGGCGCACGGCAACGCAAAGUCCUCGGCCUGACCCUUCAGCGAACUGUCUUGCUCCUCCUCUCGACGUCAUUCCCCAUCUCUCUAGUCUGGCUCAAUAUGAAAACAAUCCUUGUAUGGUCCGGGCAAGAUGAAGAGAUUGCUGCGUCGGCUCGCAUAUUCAUCAUCUUCGCCAUCCCUGAUCUCUUCAUCCUAUGUUUCCUCAAUCCUCUAAGGAUCUACCUACGUUCUCAGAGCAUCACCAUGCCAGUAACCUACUGCUCCUUGCUCUCAAUCAUUCUCCACAUACCUUUAAACUUCCUCCUUGUUACCCACUUCAAAAUGGGUAUCUCAGGGGUUGCUCUAGCCAUGUCCUUAACCAACCUCAACCUCUUCUUUUUCCUGCUCAUCUACUUGUUAGUCUCUAGAGUCUACAAAGACUCAUGGGUCAGUCCAUGCAUGGACUGUCUCCGGGGAUGGUCAGCGUUGCUAAAGCUCGCCGUGCCGACAUGCAUAUCGGUGUGCUUAGAGUGGUGGUGGUAUGAGCUUAUGAUCAUGCUUUGCGGCCUUCUUAGCAACCCCAGGGCCUCCGUAGCAUCAAUGGGAAUACUAAUCCAGACGACGGCACUAGUCUACGUAUUCCCAUCGUCUUUAAGCCUAGGAGUUUCCACUAGAGUAGGCAAUGAGCUCGGAGCUAAUCGUCCGGCCAAAGCUCGCAUGGCGGCGAUGGUUUCAUUGCUCUGCGCCGUAUUUAUAGGCCUCAUGGCAAUGGUGUUCACGACAUCAGUGAGACAUCGGUGGGGGAAGUUGUUCACAAACGACUUAGAUAUAUUAGAGCUCACCGCGGUGGCUCUACCUAUUGCCGGCCUGUGUGAGCUCGGCAAUUGUCCACAGACCACAGGUUGUGGUGUUCUCCGUGGAAGUGCGAGGCCGAGCACCGGUGCAAAUAUUAAUCUUGGAUCAUUUUACAUGGUCGGAAUGCCGGUGGCUGUUUUGUUAGGCUUUGUUGCUGGUUUGGGCUUUCCGGGGCUUUGGUUAGGCUUGCUUGCAGCUCAGGCUUCUUGUGCUGCUUGCAUGGCUUUGGCAUUGGCUAAGACUGAUUGGCUUGUGGAAGUUGAAAGAGCAAGACUUCUAACAAUAUGUUCAUCAUCAUCAUCUUCUUCUUGUUGUUAUGAUGGUGAUAAUGAUAAUGGUAAUAGUGAGAGUGGUGUAAUUAGUAGUGUGUGUGAUAAGGGGGAGGAGGAGGUUAAUAAGAAGAAAGUAGGUUGUUUGGAAGAGAAACCAUGCAUUGUUGAUAUUGAUGAUGAGAAGAAGGGUUCAUUGGAGACUGAUCCUCUUCUCAUUCCUCAUGUGGGUGUGUAGGAGAUAUG